UCAUUUACUACGCGCUCGUCCGGCGACUGGCACGUGCGGCGACCUUUCCCUCGCGCAGUAACACAGUAACCGUUGCGCACACGCGGCGUCACUUUUAGCUUCUUCAUCACCGUGUACGGCACGCAUACGUCUCUCGAGCACAUCACGCUGACGAGAAUCCGUUAAUAUCAGGACCGAUCGCCAUGGCAGAGGAGUAUCUGUACGGAGUCACCCUCGAGGGACCGAACGCGAGCGAGGUAUGGGACCCAGAGCAUAAGAACGAUGAUUCGGACAGUGCGGCUCAGCACAUCGGCGCCGAUCAAAAGCUCAUUAUAAAGAUGGCUCUGCUGGGACCAGAGGCCAAGCCUGGUGAGCUCAAUGUGCUGCAGGUAGAGGCAAUGGGAUUAAAAGGACCCAUCAAAACACCAAUUGCCUUGCUGGAAAUGGGAAAAACAGCACAGAUUAUUCUUGAUCUCAGUUUUCCAGAUCCUCCUGUUACGUUUACAUUGGUUAAGGGUAGUGGGCCUGUUCACAUAGUAGGACACAAUCUCCUUGCCUAUAUUCCAGGUGCACAUAUUGAAGAAUUUGACGAUAUAGAUGAUGAGAUGGAGGAAGAAAACAUCGAUGAUGAGGAUGAUGAAAAGGAUCCUGAAGAUGAAGAUGAUGAAGAUGAUGAACCUAAGAAGAAGAAUGCCAAAUUAACAACUGCGGCCAAAUAUAAAAAUCAGGCUAACAAAAAUAAGAAAAAAUAAGCACGAGCCUUAACGUUAUGAAAAUAAAACUUUUAAGUUAGGAUAUUAAACAUAAGUCCAUCAUUAAUAUCAUCCGCGUUUGUGCGAAUCUAGUAUCAUUUCAUCAGAUUAUUACAAGUGUUGCCUUCCAUCUUUCUAAAACACAACUGGACCAACAAAAUGAAGUAAUUACAUUGCAUAUAAUUUCAAAGUGAUUGAAUCGCAGUUUUCUAAGUUAUGAAAAAUUAUUAUUUCAGAAAGUGCUUGUGUCUAUUAUUGGUCAAAAAAAGAGUAUUGGCUCAAAAUAUUUUCGUAAUCUUUUCAUAUUUCUGUAAAGUAAAGCAAAUUAAAGCUUAUUAUGAUACAUAACUUCAGUAGUAUAACAUUUUUAAGAUGCUUUUGCAAAAUGAUAUAUAUGCAUAUUUAGAAUUUAAUUUUUUAAAAAAAUGUUUUUAUGACAAGAUUUUUAUAAGGACAAUUUGUCUGUCUUCAAGAAGUACCUUCUAAUUGGAAUAAUUGCAACAUUUAAAAUUCUUUAUUAAAAUUAUUUUUUUAUAAAAUUUUAUAUAAAUGAUACUAGAGGGAACUUCUAAAGACAAAGAGUACCAUAGGUGUUUUUCGAAAUUAUUGCUAGAAUAAAUUAAUCAUUAGACAUAAUUUUAACAAUUUUAUAUAAUUUUAAUGUAAAGCAAUAUUUACAUAAUUUUUGGCCCAGUUGUUGUUAAACUGUAAAAUUUAUGGAAAGCACAAGAGAGAAUUUACAUAUAGCAAAGUAUUUUGUAUUUUCUGUUUUCUUUAAGACCAUGUUCAUAUUACACGAUACACUUCCAGAAAUACAAGAAAAAUAUAUUUUAACAUAUUCAUUUAAAUAUGAUUUUUGUCAAUAGUUUCAUGUAAAAAAAUUAUGAAAAAAAAUCCAUAUAAUUCCAAUAUAAUUUAUUAUUUUUAUGUGUACAAGAUGAGGAAAGAUUUAUUAAUCAGUCAUAAUGCCACAAUUUUACUUGUGUCUCUACAGAUAUCUGCAUAAAAAAAAAGAAAACAUAUGUCAUUUCAACAUUCAUUCCAUUUGAUAAAAGAUAAUAGAAAUGGGGGUUACAGGUGUACUAGAUAAAAAGAAAUGCUCUUACAUCAAUGUCAUAUGCAAUUAAAGCAUAAGUGACACGUGUAUAAAACACGUAUGUGCGAUUGACAAGUAGUAUGUGUGUGUGUACACCUAUUUUGUACAUAUACGAUACAAUAAAAAAUUUCACAACUUUUAAGAUCCGUA